AUGGCUCGUCCUUCUUUUUUAUUUUCCAAAUCCCAACCGCCGGCCCUGGAAGCCGACGUAGAACCCGGACCCCACGACGAGCGCCAGCCCCUGCUCGGCUCAACAAGUGCCAGCAAGCCACGAAACGGCGACUACCGCCGGGUCAAUAGCCACGACGAUGAGGAGGCCAAUCGCAAAUAUGGAAGCACCGACGGGAGCGACAGCGACCCGGAGUCGGACUCGGAAUACGACUCGGAGGACGAGGAGGUCAAGCAGAGGCGGCAGGCGAAGCGGAUAAAGGAGCUCGGCGGCUGGUGGCGCUACCUCGCUGACUUCUUCAGCGUGUUCGGGCCGUUCCUGGUGCCGCGCGGCGACGUCAAGGUGCAGCUGUGCAUCCUCGUGUGCGUCGUCUGCGUGGCCGCGCAGCGCGUACUCACCGUCAUGAUCCCCAACCAGCUCGGGGCCGUGGCCAAUGCGGUGCUGGGCAGCGGCGCUGACGGCGUGGCGGCCCACCCGCCCUACCGCGAGCUGGCCGUCUGGGUCGGGCUAAGCGUCCUGAGCGGCGGCUCGAUCCUGGGCUUCUUCGAGCAGGUGGCCAAGGUGCCCGUGCGGCAGUUCUCGGAGCGCGCCGUGGCCCGCGCCGCCUUCGGCCACGUCAUGGGCCUGUCGAUGGACUUCCACGGCGAGCACGACACGGCCGAGGUCAUGAAGACGGUCGAGCAGGGCACGGCGCUGAUGCACGUGCUUGACCGCGUCCUGCUCGAGGUGGCGCCCACCGUCGUCGACCUGGCCACCUCGGUCGUCGUGCUCGGCCUGCGCUUCGACUGGACCGUGGCCGGGCUCAUGGCCUUUGCAUUUGUGGGCUUCAUGUCCAUGGAGGCCUGGUGCAGCUCGAGGUGGCGCGUGGGGCCCCGCCGGGUCAUGGCGCGCGCCGAGCGCGAGCAGACGCGCGUCAUGCACGGCGCCAUCCAGGGCUGGCAGUCCGCUCACCUCUUUGGGGCGCUGGGCCGCGAGAAGACGCGGUUCGGCGACGCGGUGGAGGCGAGGCUCCGGGCGGAGCGGGGCUGGACCCUGCGGGAUUCGGGCAUCGAGGCCGUGUUUUUCAUCUUUGAGCCCCUGACCUUCGCGGGCGUGGCCGCCAUCAUCCUGCGCCGCGUCGUCGACGGCAGCGCCAAGCCGGGCGACUUCGUCUUCUUCAUCGACUACUGGCAGUACCUCAUCUGGCCGCUCAAGUUCAUCAUGCAGGACUACCGCCAGGUGCUGUCGGACAUGGUCGACGCCGAGCAGCUGCUCGUGCUGCUGCGGACCAAGGCCACCGUCCAAGACAAGCCCGGAGCAGGCAAGCUGGGUGACGAUAACGACGACGACGACGAGACCGGAGCUGUCGCCACCCGCGGUUGCGUCGCGUUUGAGGAUGUCGGGUUCGAGUACGACGGCGGCGAGCGCGGGCAGGCCGCCAUCGCUGGCCUCAGCUUUUCGGUGGCGCCGGGCGAGACGGUCGGGCUGGUGGGCGCGUCGGGCGCGGGCAAGUCGACCAUCCUCAAACUCCUGCUGCGCUUCUACGACGUGAGCGAGGGCCGCGUCUCCAUCGACGGGCGCGACGUGCGCGACGUGACGCUCGAGUCGCUCCGGGCCGCCUUCGGCGUGGUGCCGCAGGAGCCGCAGCUCUUCGACGCGUCGGUGCUCGAGAACGUGCGGUACGCGCGGCCCGACGCGACCGACGCCGAGGUGCGCGCCGCCUGCGCCGCCGCCGCCAUCCACGGGCGCGUCAUGGGGUUCCGGGACGGCUACCAGACGCGCGUGGGCGAGGGCGGCGUCAAGCUGUCGGGCGGCGAGGCGCAGCGGCUGGCGGUGGCGCGGGCGCUCCUGCGGGACCCGGCCAUCCUGGUGCUGGACGAGGCCACCAGCUCCGUCGACUCGGGCGCCGAGGCCGAGAUCCAGGAGGCGCUCGAGGCGUUCCGGCGCCAGCGCGCGCGCACCACCUUCAUCGUCGCGCACCGCCUGUCGACCGUCGUGUCGGCCGACCGCAUCCUGGUCAUCGACAAGGGUCGCUGCGUCGAGAGCGGCACCCACGCGGAGCUGCUGUCAAAGAAGGGGAGGUACGCGGAGCUUUGGAAUAAGCAGACCGGCGGGAGCUGA